AUCGAAUUUGUUGGAAGAAUUUCCAUACGUUUGAGAGAGCAACUUAUGCAAAUUUUGUACAUUGCCCGUACGGCCAAAGGUCAACCAAGAUGGCGGCCUCCAUGAGAAAAGUCCACUCUUUUCACUUGACAUUCUUUUCGAGGUUUUUUAGGGGGUUUCAGGGGAGACGGGAGUUCUGUUCGGCCAACCAUGCAAACAUAUGUGCAAGGACUAUUUCUACAACAGCUGACAGACAUGCUGUUAAUAAAAGCGCCCCAGGGAAGACUGAAAUACCAACCCCAACAGCACCAUUAGCAGGGAUAAGGGUGCUGGAUCUUACAAGAGUUCUAGCUGGUCCAUUCUGUACAAUGAUUCUUGGAGAUCUCGGAGCUGACAUCAUCAAAGUUGAAAAACCAGGUUCAGGUGACGACACACGGCUCUGGGGUCCUCCGUUUGUUGAAGACCAAAGUUGCUACUUCUUGUCCAUCAACAGAAACAAAAAGAGUAUUUGUGUCGAUCUCAGACAUCCUGAGGGGUUGCAAAUAAUCAAAAAGAUUGUUGCCCAAAGCGAUAUCCUUGUGGAGAACUACCUACCAGGUAAACUUGACAAGCUCGGUCUGGGCUAUGAGACACUGAAGGAAAUAGCCCCCUCUUUAAUCUACUGUUCCAUCACAGGUUAUGGUCCAGAUGGGCCCUAUGCCAAGCGAGGGGGCUAUGACGUUGUUGCAGCAGCAAUGGCUGGCCUUAUACACAUCACAGGAUAUGAGGAUGGUGACCCAGUCAGAGUGGGCGUGGCUAUGACGGAUCUAUCGACGGGGCUCUUUGCUCACGGAGCCAUCAUGGCUGCCCUCUUACAUCGUGAGAGGACGGGGCAGGGCCAGAAAAUCGACUGCAACCUCCUGUCAACUCAGGUGGCUAUCAUGUCUCAUAUCGGGGCUAAUUAUUUGAUGGCAGGAAUGGAGGCCAAACGAUGGGGCACCGGCCAUGGCAGUAUUGUCCCUUAUCAGGCAUUCAAGACAUCAGAUGACCGACUUCUGAUCGUCGGAGCGGGUAACAAUGAUCACUUCAAGACUCUCUGCAAGGUGUUGGAAAUGGAAGAACUUAUCGAAGACCAAAGAUACACAUCAAAUGAACUACGUGUAAUCAACAGGAACUCGUUGAUAAAGACACUGUCAGCCAGAUUCCUGGAGAAGGAUCUUUCCGAUUGGGUGGCAGCUCUCGAGAGGACUAAUCUCCCGUUUGGUCCGGUGCAAAAUCUCCAACAGGUCUUCAGCGACCCCCAAGUCGUCCACAAUAACAUGAUACAGGAGUUCAAUCACCCUACUGUCGGAAACGUCAGAGUGCCUGGCCCUCCCGUUGGAUACAGCACCAUUCAGACCAACGUGCGUCUUUCCUCGCCUCAGCUGGGCGAGCACACGAACCGAGUCCUCUUGGAGGUCCUGGGCUACGACCAAUCCCAAAUUCAACAACUUGAAGCCAAAGGUGCCAUAAGCACUCUAAAACCCACACAGUGACCCAUAUAUGCUCUAAAGGUAAGAACAAGACCAAAGCAUUAAUAUCAUGCCACAUUUGAUUAAAGGUCCUAUGUAAUGUAAUUUUUUUAAUGCAGUUCUUGUAAUUGCACCUUUGUGUUCCAUUUAACCUUAUUUUCAAUUUGCCAUAUUUAAGGGCAUUUUGGUGCUUUUUGGUUUUGAUGUUCAUGCACAUUUGCAUGUUCAUGAGCAAAAGCAUGAUGUCAUUUCAGGCAGAAAACUCAAUGUUACAGCCAUUUUAGCGCAAAAACUUGCCAGAAUUUGGGAUAUUUUGCUGUCGUAUUUCCUUUCUUUGUUGAUUUGUUGUUGUUUCAGUACAUAACAGUAGGCCAGUGAGCAAAAUUUCUCAGAAAGUUUUCAAUGAGCAGAUUUUGGGUUCACGGUAUUUGAACAGAAAACCCUCAACUGAUUAUUGUCUUCCUGAAAUGACAUCACAGCCAUAGUGCCCUCAUUUGUCCGGAAAAGCAUGGAAUUUUUUAACUGUUUAAAGAAAUGCACUUUUCAAUGAGAUUAACCAAAAAGGGAUGUCAAGUUGUUUUCAUAUAUUAUAGAAGAGUAGAAAGUUGCACAAAAUAUGUUCUCAAGUAAAAUUCAUGUCAUGGGCCCUUUAAACAUUUGGAUGUUAUGUUCACACUAUGCCAACUUUCAGCUAACCGUUCUCGUCUGUGCUGCAUGUGUAUCUCUUGAAAUUGGAGUCGUUUAAAAGUGUUGACAUAAACUGUUUAAUGAGGGUAAAUAACAUGGAGAAGAUGCUGAAAUGUUAGGGCUGCCUUGCGGUAUGGCGUCACAGGGGGCGUGGUCUAUAGACCAUAGGAACAGCAGUUUUAUGUUGGACAGAAAUCGAAAUGGCAAAUGGGAAUUUUCUGUUUUUCUGUUUUGAUAAUAAUGGUUGUAAAUUGUGUUUGAGAGGCUUCAGAGUAAUCUUUCAUGUACUGACUACACUAAGGAAUUAUAGUCCUGAGUUAUGCAUUACGAUAAAUGAGGCGAUAUGGAUGAACAACUGGCUGAGAACUGUAAGGUCUCACCACACCACCUGGAAAAAAAAUUAUGUACCUGCCGUUUUUAAUCUGGCUCCAUUAAUAAUGGUUGCCAAGUUUAAUACUUUAUGUGAAGAAGAUGCUUUCAGAUCAUUCCUCGGAUCUUCUUGUCUGACUUGAAAAAAAUAAAGCUAGGUGUGAAUUCCUCCGAGGAUUCCGUUUUUAUAAACAGUCGGGAAAGUCAGGAAAGGCGCAAAGUGCCAUUCGUCAAAACAAUUUAUAUGGAAACCUGUGAUGAGAUAAUGCAAUAUAAAUUGGCGGUAAAAUCUCCACUUUGGGCAAAGGUGGAUUAAGUUAGAGCCCGGGGGAAAAUUGAAACGCUUCAAGUACCAACCAGAGAGGCAGAAGACAUAAAGUGUGAUUUGUUUUCUUCAGGCCAUACUUUUAUGACUAUCCUUGUGAAUGUUUCCAGUAGAUUGAUCAAGAAGUGGUUGUCUGCCAGGUGUAUCUCGAAUCACUCAUGGCUCAAAAUUAAAAAAAAAAAAAAAUGAAAUUUAAGCCGAAGGACUUUGCAGCAUUACGCAAGGUAAAGCCCAGCCACUCUCUCUCUCUAUUCAUUGGGUUGAACACCCUCGAAAGUUCAAGUACGGAGAAUGAUCUAUUAUCCUGCCAAAUGGAAAAUUUGGGGGAUUCAGAACCUUUUGAAUAACUAUUGAUGUGAGAACCUAGUUAUUAUUGAGCAACUUGGUACUGAAAAUCAGAAUACUACAUGUAACUGAUUUAUAGCUAACUCAUUAUGCAGUGCGAAAAGUAAAUAGAAAAAAUCCCUAUCUUUUCCACAAGUUUCUUAAACAAAAAUUAAACAGCACUUAUCCAUCACAUUAGGCUCGUACAGCUCAUCUUCCCAUCGGAACGAUAUGACCCCUAAUAGUGUUAACAGAUAUUAUAUUCAUACCCCACGGCUGGUGCAUCAGCUUAUCUAUUCCCAAUUAUUGACACUUUAGACCGAGCACAAGGUUGCUUUCUAGGAAACUUUAUCUUGUAUAAUGGAAUUGUCAUCGGGCGGAGAUGUAAAUUUUGAUAUUGGAUUUCACCCUCCAACAACGUAAUUUCAUAAGCGCUGUUAAUAAUUCAGUGCCUUCCAAAAGCUCGGAAGGAAAAAGGUCAGUUGGCCAUCUUUCAUCUCGUCAGCCUUCCAGCAGCACUGUUUUAUCAAAAUCACAUUGUAUGAAAGGUAGAACGAAAUUGUAAAUAUUUAUGGAAUUUAUUUCUGAAAAAAAAUUGUAAUCACUUAUCUUUUGAUAAGUGGCUUCAGUAUAUCAAACUUUUACAUGUAGUCUGUGAUGUUUAGCCAGUGCAGUAUAAGAACUGCAUCCAAAACUCUAUACCAAAACUGUAACUCUUACAGUUUAUAUUGAGUUGAAAUAAAAUAGGUCAAAUACCCCCCUCAGCUUUAACAAGGUACCGGGAUAUCUAAAAGGACAUUUAUUAUUUAGGGUCUGCCUAUAGGGGGAGGCAUCCCACUGUCUCAAAUUUACACUGACCUGUUUUCAAGCUUUUCCAGUGGACAGAUCCGAGAUCAGAAAUUGGUUCCAAUCUUCUACAAUCUUCUCCAGUCUCAUUCAAAACGGAUCUUUGUCCUCCCGGAAUCUAACGAGAAACGGAAAGCAGCCAUUAAGCCGGACCAAUCAACCUUUGGAAUCUGUCCUGACGACCCUUUAGCGGAUACAAUCGUCACAGAGGCCCCCCCCCCCCCCCAGCAAACAGUCUCUCUGAUUUACCGUAUCGUUGUAGAUACCUGAACAGGGUUUUUUUCUCAGACGGAUAGCCGGGAAAACUGGGCCAGUUCCCUUUGGAAUCAGUUUUAUGUUCGGGUACGGAUUUGUCUGAGGUCUAGGCAAUCAGAAUUUACCAUCAAUUUAUUAUUUCACCUGUAAUUGCAAACUUGUUUUCUCUGGUUUUGCUUCACGUGCCUGUUUCACCUAAAGGGGCAUGCGUAAUAAAUAUUAAAACGCAAAAGACCAAAGAUAAAUAUCUUGGGCGAGAAAUUGAACUUUAUUUUGCAACUGUCGACCGUUUGUGUGAGCCAAAUGCUACUGCACAUACGAAAAGUUGUCAUGAACUUCUUUUCAUAGAAUUGUUUUUAACAAAUUAAAACUUUUAAGGAAACGCUAUAUGAAGUUCAAAAGAGAAAGAACCGAUGGGGAAUGGUUCGUUGAUCUGAAAGUCAUUUUCCAUUAAUUAGUUGUUUCCAUCCAUCUAACUGCCAGAAAAAAAUAAUAUGAUUAAUACAUACAACGAUUUAAAUAUCAACUUCGUUAUAAUUGAUAUCUCGCGUGUUUCAAAAUAUUUUGGCACAGCUGGGUGGUUUUAGAACGGUGUAUAGCAGUGUACCAUAACUCACAACUUGACAAAUUGUAAUGUGCAGAUUUGUUUUCACAUAUAAUUUAAAUGCAUUUAAACAACCGUGCCCACAGUUGUCAUAUUUAUCAUUUUCUGCCUCGUUUGAACCAAUGACGGGCUUUAUCCAAGAAUAAAUAAAAUAACAAAGUUGUUUUCAUAAAACUCCAA